UCCAGUCAUGUGCUGUGGAAAGUGUGUCCAGAAGAGCUGUGUUGUUACUGCACCAGAUAAUUCUACACUCUUCAUUCGGGUCAACGAAACGUAUGUUUCCCCUGAUGAUCCAUGUGUCAAAUACACUUGUGAUAAGAUCGGUGAUACACUGAUGACGACUGAGAUUGUCAAGUCCUGUCCACCCUUCAACCCUGAUGACUGUGAACCUGGCACAGAGACGACUGAUGCUGACGGAUGCUGCAAGUCUUGCAAGCUGCGCAGUGUCUGUGAGGUAGAGACUGAAGAGAUCAUCCUGGAGACUGACAAGUGUAGAACAACUGUGCCGGUCAGCGUCACCUCCUGUGCAGGCCACUGUGGAAGCACAUCUAUAUAUUCUGCUGCAGCCAACUCCAUGAUGCACCAGUGUGAGUGUUGCCAAGAGGACGCUACCAGUCAGAGGCAGGUGGAGAUGACCUGCGAGGAUGGAACCAAGAUCCAGCACACCUACACCGUGGUGGAAUCAUGCCGCUGCACCAAAGCUGAGUGUGUGCCAGGGACCACAGCACGACCACGCCGCAGGAGACGAUGAGCACCGACAUACUGAGCGCCGUGAAUGACGACAAUGAAAGACACGCCUUAAAUCACAAUCUUUGACUCAACUUUUUAGACUUUACUUUUUGUUCUGUCAUUUUGGACAGGGUGUGAUGUCUCUCUCAAUUUUCUUUAAAAUCAUGAUUAUUAAAAUUA